AUGGCCACUUCUUCUCAGCUCCAUUCACACCGUGACUACACCAUUGGCUGGAUUUGCGCACUGCGCAAGGAGCAGACAGCUGCAACAGCCAUGCUAGAUGCCAUACACGAGGACUUACCGAAUCCGUCCACAGACCCAAAUGCAUACACCCUUGGGUCUAUCGGGAAGCACAAUGUAGUGAUCGCAUGCUUACCAGAGGGCAAAUACGGUACUAACGCAGCGGCGACGGCCGCGACAUGGAUGGCAUCUACAUUUCCAUCCGUCAGAUUUGGCCUGAUGGUUGGAAUAGGCGGCGGCAUCCCGUGCAAUAAGAUUCGAUUAGGUGAUGUCGUCAUCAGCAAACCCGGCAAUGGCUUUCCUGGAGUGAUCCAGUGGGAUCUUGGCAAGGUUGAGCACGACGGCAUAAUCGAACACACUGGAUCGCUGAACAAUCCCCCAAUUGCACUGCUGACAUCUUUGGCAAAGCUAGGGACCAAGAGAGAGAUGGAGGGAUCACAAAUACCGAAUUAUCUUGCUAACAUGGGAGAAAAAUGGCCAACGUUGGCUGCAAAGUAUACGCGUUUGGAAUCUUUGCGUGAUACCUUAUUUGCAGAUGACUACCCACACAUUGAAAGCACUUCUACAAAUAGCUCAUCCCAAGAGGCACAGGCGUACGAUACCGAAACGGAGGAGGAGGAUGAAGAUGAGGAAGAGGGGGCCACCGACUGCAGAUUUUGUGAUAUUAGUAAAGCGCGUAAGAGGAAACCAAGGACUACACGCAUUCAUUACGGACUCAUCGCAUCUGGCAACAUGGUCGUCAAAGAUGCUCAGUUUCGAAACCGGCUCAAUGAGAGAUUCAGCAAUAAGAUUCUCUGCGUCGAAAUGGAGGCCGCGGGAUUAAUGAGCAGUUUUCCCUGCCUUGUGAUAAGAGGCAUAUGCGAUUAUGCGGACUCACAUAAAAACAAAGCUUGGCAAGAGUAUGCUGCUGCUGUUGCUGCGGCUUCUGCGAAAGAACUUCUGCUGGUAGUCCCAGUCCAUGCAGUGGAGCAAAUGGAUACUAUUACUUCCAUUUUAUCCAAUAUUAGUGGCGAUGUGAAACUCGCCGUAGGAUAUCUAGAAGAAGCCAGAGUUCAUAGACACAACCAAGAAGACGAAAGAAUUAUCGAAUGGCUCAGCCCCCUUGACUACGGAGCUGAACAUUCUGACGUUUUGAAACGAUGGCAACCUGGGACAGGCCAAUGGCUUCUGAAUUCUACCGAGUUCAACGAGUUUAUCGAAACCGACAAACAGAUAAUAUUUUGUCCAGGUAUUCCCGGGGCAGGAAAAACUGUCAUGACCGCUGCUGUGAUAGAUUACUUGCACAAGCGGUUCGGCAACGACUCGAGCAUCGGUAUAGCUUACAUUUACUUCAACUUCAAGAGAUAUAACGAGCAAACUCCGAAUUCCGUCUUCUUGUCUCUGCUGAAGCAAGUAGCUAAGCAGCAGCCUUGUCUGCCUGAUAGCGUAAAAUCUCUCCAUGAAAGACACGCGAAAAGGAAUACGCGGCCAUCAUUUGAAGAGAUUCUUGAGACAUUCCAAGAAGUUGUGAAUUUAUACACAAAGGCCUUUGUUAUUAUCGAUGCGCUUGAUGAGUGCUCAACAGUGGGCCACUGUAGAGAGACCAUUUUAUCGGAGAUUAUUGCUUGCGCGAAACGAUCUGAUCUGAAACUAUUUACGACAUCAAGGGAUAUUCCUGAGAUAUCUGACAGAUUCAAAUCCACUCUGCGAUUAGAGAUUGGAGCGACUGAAUUAGAUAUACGGAGAUAUAUAGAUGGCCGCCUAUCCAAAUUACCACCCAUCUCAGUUAUCAGCCAGAGCAAGUCCCUCCAAGAGGAAAUCAAAACCGCCAUCAAUAAUACUGUCAACAGAAUGUUCUUAUUAGCACAGCUUCACUUUGAUCGAUUAAUAGACUGCAUAACGCGAAAGGCGGUUAUGAAAGCUCUCAAAGAUCUUCCCACCGGGUCUGGCGCGUAUGAUUAUGCAUACGAUGCCGCUAUGGAACGUAUCAACCAACAGAGCUCUAGUCGCAGCGCGCUAGCGAUAAAUGCUCUAUCUUGGAUUACACACGCAAGGUGGCCUCUAUCUGUAGUUGAGCUCCAGCAAGCCCUCGCCGUUGAGAUUGGAGAGGACGAGUUUGACGAAGACAAUCUCCCACAGAUUGAAGAUAUCAUGUCAACCACUAUCGGAUUAGUUGCUAUUGAUGAAAAAAGCAAAAUCAUUCGACUCGUCCAUCACACAGCGCAGGAGUUUUUCGACAGAACUCGGCAAAAGUGGCUUCCCAAAGCAGAGACUUAUAUUGCAGAAGUCUGCAGUUCUUAUCUCUCAUCUUCCGCUAUCGAACGCCAAUGUCGCUAUUAUAUUCAAAUCUCUGAAAUCUUGAAAUCCUUUAAAUUUUGGUAUUACGCAGUUUACAAUUGGAAAUACCACGUUAGGACCUCCACAUUCAGCCAGACUCAUGUUAAUUUCCUCAGAAAGACCUCCAAUUUCGAAGCUUUUCUUCGCGGAUUUCAUAUACUUCGUCGAACCCCGCCUGGGAUUUAUAAAUUUAAUACUCACCAUGUUAAGGAAUAUUUAAAUGUGGAUAUAAUUCCCAAAAACGUCACAAGUCUUCAUGUCGCCGCAGAGUUGGGUAUUUCUGAAAUCGUCAAUGUCUUGCUCAAAGAAUUUUCCAACCCAGAUGAGCGCGACAGUUACAACCGUUCACCGUUACACAUGGCUGCUAGUGGUGGAUAUUCUACUACUAUGGAGGCAUUGAUCAACUUUGGCCAAGUUGAUGUUGACGCAAUAUCAAAAACAUCAAGGUAUACGCCGCUCAUACGCGCUGCGCAAGGGGGCCACACUGCGGCUGUAAAGUUGUUGCUGGACACGGGCAAAGUCAAUGUCGGAUUUAAAUGCAAGAGAGGAAAGACUGCCCUCUGGUAUGCCGCCGUUGGUGGACAUGUUGAUAUCGUCAAGCUGCUGUUGGAUGCG